AUGUCGCUUAGGUCGCAGCUGAGUCUCAAGAGGCUGUACAGCAUAUUCAACCUGAUCUGUUCCGACGUCGUCGUCUCCAAUCAGCGCUCGCCACUCAUUUCCAUCUCAUCGGGUAUCUUCGCCUUCGGCGACCAUCCUUAUUUGCCGCUCCCGUCGUCUUUCCCACUCUUCCGUCCUGAAGGCUCGAUGCGCGAACGGUCGUCCUCAUCUUUCGAGAGCGAGUCUCUCGCAUCCACCGCCAGGCUGCCAGUAUCCGCCGCUGGAGUAAAGCGCCGUCGCACAACGGGAGCUGCACGCACUAGCACCACUUUGGCAGCGCGUCCCCGCCAUGCCGACGAUGAUGAGGACGAUGACGACGACGACGAUGAGGAUGAUGAGGACGAUGACGAUGACGAUGACAAUGACGAUGACGACGAAGAAUCGGAGGAACCCCGGCUGCAGCGCAGGCGCCAUGUAGACACCCCAUCCUCAACCAGCUCGCCACCAAACAACGGUUAUAGGAAGCAACAGCGGCUUAAUCGCACGUUGGCACUGCCCGGGGAUGUCAUGGUUGUCCGGGACUUCGAGAUGGACCGGCCGCCGUUCCCGCUCGCGGUUAUGGUGCAGGGCAUCUACACCAUCAAGACCGGCCGUCACGUGUUUUUCUACGAGGAGCAGGAGAAGGGACCCAGAGCUCCGGAGACGAACCGCGAUUUUGAGUUCCUGGAAGACGUCCAGCACCCGUAUUAUGCUCCGGUUCUCACGCGCGACGCCUUGCAGAAGAUUGUCGAGGUGGCCCGGGAAUGCUCAAAUGGCAAGCACUGUGUGGCUGAUUGGAAUGCGCGUGUGCACUCUGCGGUACUGGACCUUGCCCCGCACAACACGACCUUCACCGAACGUAUUUGCUUCAUGAACUGUAACACCGCCCAAAUUCAGCCAGAAAGUCUCGUACCAUCAUGGCCGCGCCUGACCGAAUAUCAGCUGACGUCGAAGAUGGUGGACUUCGCCGUCUGUCUACGCUUCGACAGAGACGACGACCUGGAAUGCAUGCGCGACGUUAUACUCAAAUCCAACCCACAAAGCCUUUCUAUCAAUCAAACAUUGCACGACCCACUCAUCGCCACCCCCAUCGCCCUUAGCAUCUUUACGAAGCGUCCCGACCAGACCUGGGAUGAGGCGCAGCUUCAGAUCAGCGUCUGGGUCGCCGCUCAACUCAAGCGGCUGGAACAGCUGGUCAAGAGCGCAUGGGGCGAGGAGUGGCGCAAGCACGCGUACGACUUUCUUCCGUUCAUCAUUAUCGACGGCCACGAAUGGAGCUUUCUCGCCGCUUCUUUGAAUGGCAUCGGCCAGACUGUUAUCUGGAGGAAAAUCAUGUUUAGUGACACUAUGACAGAGUCUGGUGUCCAGCAGAUUGUCGCGACUCUGCACUGGAUUGCCAUCUGGGCGCAGAGAACUUACCGGCGUUGGCUCUACGAGUCCGUGUUGGACGUGUCCAUGCCUCCUGAUGAUGGCGAUUAUUGA